CUGUGCUCUCCUUUAUUGAUUUCAAGUGGCUGAAAAAGUCUGUCGGUCAGAUGAGUUUGUCAGAGCUACAACAGCAGGAUGUGGCCUGAAGGGUGCACACACACACACACACACACCCACACACACACACACACACACACACACACACACACAGUGUCACACACAGUGUCACACACACUCAGUCUUCCCUGUUAGACUCCACACUGCACCAGCAGCUUUAUAGAGAGCAACUGUACAUAGGAUGAACUUCAACAUCAGAUUUAUUGGGUCCCAUUUAGAUGAUGGAUCAUCACCCUUUGAUGUCAAGGCAUUCCCAGUUAAACUUGAAGAAAGGAGUAAGGUAAUGGAUGAGUUGCAUGUGGCAGUAAGACUAGAGUGCUGGUCAUUAAUGUUGGAUGAGACAGAGUAAAGGCAGUCUUGGAAACGCUGCAGGCCAGCAGAAGCAUAAUUGGCACAUCAGUACAAACAUGCCAAGUCAAAUCAGUUCCAAAUGUACAAAGCCCAUUAAUUAUUAGAAGUGGUAUAUACACAGAAAUCAAGCUGUACUUCAUCUGAUAUUUGAAAAUGAAAAUGAACCACAACCAAAUAAUCUCUUAUUUCAGGUGAUUAUUUUAAAUUGCCUGCACUUUGUCUCCCACUGUAGCCAGUUAUUGUGAUCGCCCUCUUAUAACACACCCCACCUCCCCACCAACUGAGACUAGACUAGACCAUACCAUCUUUCACUGGAUGGGAGGGAGCUUGACUGCAGUAUCAAUACAAACUGCAUGAUUUCAACCAUAUAUAUCCAUUUAAAAUAACAGUGGAGGCAGUGAAAAGCAUGAUUUUACUCUACCAUAAAAUCCCUACAGGCUCUUUUGCUUUCUGUCAGUGAUGUGCAGAAGCUUUCGGGCUGUGCUUCCCUCCUCGUCUUUUCUCUGCUGUUGAGCCAUUCAGCAGAGCAAGCUGAACAAAGCCAUGGGAGAGAGAGGGGAGCUUCUGGGAAGAAAUGUCUCUCACUGACUCUGUCGCCUGGACAACCGGAGCAUGGACGAGAUGAAACUGCAGAGCACAAGUUUAUCACAUCACAAGUGGACCCAGAAGGCCUGAACACUCCACCUGUAAUUCUUGUCUCAUCAGACUCAGGUGUCGUCAUGGACGUGGAAGAUGAGCCACUGCUAUUUCAGACAAACUGGAGAGGAGUUGAAGAGGAGGAGGAAGAAGAGGAGGAGGAAGACCAUGAGGAAGAAGAUGGAGGAGGACACAGUUGUUUCUGUGGGGCCUCAGGGGUGUGUGGGGUGUGGAGGGCAGUAGGGUGGGUAUACACGCAGCCCUGGGCCAGUGGAGUGGUCUUAGGAGUAGUUAUCCUGUUACCAUGUGCCCUGUUUGCCUACAUGGUCCUCUACUGCCCUCCGCUGGACAUAGACCUCUCCUACAGUGCCUUUGAGGUUCACAGUCACUUCUCUGCAGAACGCUUUGACGCCCUCACCAUCGCUGUGAAGACUCAGCUAGGGUCCUGGGACAGACGUAGGCGAGACUUAGAUAACAGUGAAUCUGCAGCCCUGCGGGAGCUUCUGCUAGAGAAGCUGUCCAGACAGGGACUAUUCAACAAGACAGAUAAUGAGGACUUGAGGUCCACAGAUCCACAAAAUGACCCUUUACAAGCAGCAAAUGAUCAGAGGAGGGAAACUGCAGUGAACAGAGAUAAAAGGACUGUGUCUGAUUUGGGUCAGGCAGUGGAAAAGCACAAGGGCUUGAAUCACAGAACAAAAGAGGACGAGGAAAGAUCAUGGGAUAGAAAUUUGACUUUUAUCAGGAAACGUAGGUUUGCUCCCAAUUACUACAUCCAGAGCCAGGCUUUGUGGAGGAUUGAGCUGGUGUUUGUUGCACAAGGGAAGGGUGAUCGCAACAUCUUUACACCAGAACGUCUGGAAACAAUUCACCAUGUGGAGCGUCUGCUCAUGCAGCACCCACAAUUUCAUCAGUUCUGCUGGAAGCCUCUAGAGGUGUUGAGAGAUCUGCCACUGGGACCAUCUUAUUGCUCCCCUCCCAGUUCACUCCUGUCUUACCUCUAUCCCAGUGAGAGAGGAGGGAAAAUAUACUAUGACGGCAUGGGCCCAGAUUUGGCUGACAUUCAAGGUUCUCUGAGUCUGGCCAUCACCCACCCACAGUUCUACUGGUAUGUGGAUGAAAGUCUGUCCCCCGAGCAUCUCUCCUCGUCACUUUUACGUAGUGAGAUCCACUUCGGUGCUCCGCUUCCAUCCUACUACUCUCUGCAGGACCGAGGCGAAGAACAGAGGACUCGCUUUAAAAACUUUGUGGUUCAGUAUGCUGAUAUCCUGGCCAAUCAGUCAACCAGCCAGCUGAAGGUGCUGUAUGGGGGAACGGAGCUGUUUGAUAAUGAGGUGAGACACACCUUCCACAAUGACAUGAUGCUGGCUGUCGUCAGCGGAGCCUGCAUCACUGUGCUGGUCUAUGUCCUCACCUCCUUCUCUGUAUUUCUUACUUUUUUCGGCCUGGCCAGUAUUGGAUUGAGCUGCUUUAUGGCUCUUUUCCUGUACCAUGUUGUAUUUGGUGUGAGGUACCUAGGCAUACUCAACGGAGUGGCAGCCUUUGUUAUUAUCGGUAUAGGUGUGGACGAUGUCUUUGUAUUCAUCAGCACCUUCAGACAGGCCUCUCAUCUGCUUCAGCCACAGCAACGCAUGAUCUACACAAUUAAAACAGCUGGCCGAGCUACUUUCCUCACGUCCUUCACGACUGCAGCUGCCUACGCCGCUAAUACUUUCUCUCAGAUUCCAGCCGUGCAUGACUUCGGCCUAUUCAUGGCCCUCAUUGUCAGCUGCUGCUGGCUUUGGGUUUCUGUCUUGAUGCCAGCUGCUCUGUGUAUCUGGACCCAGUGUUUGGAACCUCACGGAUACGCCUGGUUGAGUUGUUGGAAGUUGUUUUCAGGCCUGUCAGCGAGCCACGGCCCUUUGUCAGAUGAGGAUGAUGAUGUGCCACUUCUGUCAGUGGAAAUGGAGCCAGGCUUCUGUGACACAGACAGCGAUGCAGCCAUCCUGUCCCUGUCAGUGGAGACACCUCUGUCCCCUCCAGGGCAGCAGCAUGUGGGUGUGGUGAGCACCAAUCUCCAGUGGGCCCUCAAGUAUUUAGUGGCAGAGCCAGCUGUGGAGCAACGAAAAGCUCUUCUGGGUGUCUUCCUCCUGGUUCUGCUCUUAUCUGCUGGCUGCUGCUGUCUCCUGAGGCCGGCCACUCAUGCUCCCCUACUUUUCCGCCGUGACACAAACCUCCAGACCCUUCUGGCUCUGAGGAGCAACCUCAGCGGCCAAGGCAUCUCCUGCCCCAUGUGCUCAGGUGUGUUCAUGGAGAAACCCCACCCUUUGAACGUCCACACUUCCUCAUCAGCACCUUGGUUUUCUACUCACCAGCAAACCAUUGGCACGCCAACCUCCGGUUUUCCUCGGAACCUGAAACCAAUUUCAAGCACCAACCGAACAGGCUCUUUGCUGACAGUGUACAUAUCAAAGCUGGAGCUUGGAACCUCUACAACUCUUUACCGCUUUUCCCUUAAUGCCAGCACUCCCUCUCCAUGGAAAACGUGCAGCACAGAGCAUGAAGAAGUGUCAUCAUUUCAGGCUUAUAGUCAGCCCUGCAGCAAUUAUACCACCCGAAUCACAGUGUGUGUUUCGAGUGCGUACCAUCCGUACCCUAGCUGGAUGAUCACGUCUGGCUCAUGUGACCCUCGCCACGGCUGGGCACGAGAGUUUUCCUUUUAUGUAGCAUUGUCUCAGCAGCAGCACAGCAGGAGGCUGUACUUUGCCCAGCGCCGGCUGCGACCUCAUCCCAGCCGAGUGUGUGUCCACCCUCCUGGCUGCAGCAUCAGUUCUGGGCCUGAUGGACCCACACAGGGAGCCUUUUAUACUCCUCUUCCCAGUGAUCCCUCAUCACCUCCCAAAGUAAAACCAUCCAAAACAUUUGGCUUCAACCCAUGUAGUGGUGGUGCGUGUGGCCGCCCAGCAGUGCGUCCUCUGGUCGACACUGGUGCGAUGGUGUUUGUGGUGUUUGGAAUCUUAGGAGUCAACCGAACUGUGCACAGGGACAACCAUGUUAUUGGAGAUCUGGGCAGCAUUAUAUUGGAUCCACAGUUUGAUAUUUUCCAGGAAAUGGGGCAUCUUUGCAAAAUCUGUAAAGCUAUUAGUGCGAACAAACAGCUUGUGAAGCCAGGAGGAGCACAGUGCCUGCCUUCAGGUAACAAACUGUCCUCCAUUUUGCCCCUCCUCCACCCUGAGUGUCAUUCUCUCCCUGAACCCAACCUGCUCCCAGGGCAGCUCUCUCACGGAGCAGUGGGAAUGCAUGGAGGCAAGGUCCGCUGGCUGUCCAUGGCCUUUGAAUCUACCACAUACAAGGGAAAAUCCUCCUUUCAGACUUACUCUGACUUCCUUCAGUGGGAAAACUUCAUUCAGGAGCAACUUGCCUCCCUGCCACAGUCCUCUGCUCUGCAAAGAGGUUUCCAGACCUGUGAGCACUGGAAACAGAUCUUCAUGGAAAUUAUAGGUGUGGAGAGUGCCCUCUGGAGUCUUCUGCUGUCCCUGGCCAUCUGUGUAGCAGCCGUGUCUGUAUUUACUGCACAUCCACUGCUGUUGCUCCCAGUUCUUGUGACCAUUUUAGGUGUGAUCUGUCUGGUGGUGGCAGUAAUGUACUGGCUGGGCUGGGAGAUGGGAGCAGUGGAGGCCAUUUCUCUGUCAAUACUCGUGGGCUCUUCAGUCGACUACUGCCUGCACCUGGUGGAGGGAUACCUGCUGGCUGGAGAGACCCUGGCCUCUUCGCUUGGUCAAGGCUUGGAACCUGAGGCGAAGAGGCAGAGGCGGACUGUGGAGGCAGUGAACCAUGUGGGCGUUGCCAUAGUGUCCAGCGCCGUCACCACAGUGAUCUCCACAGUACCUCUCUUCUUCUGUGUCAUUGUGCCUUUUGCCAAGUUUGGCCAGAUAGUGGCUAUUAACACCGCCGUUUCCAUUUUGUUCACCCUCACCGUGACUGUGGCCAUGUUGGCGUGUUUGGCUCCGGCCAACUUCAACAGACCCCCCGGCGCUGUGUUGAAGGCCAGUCUGGUUGUGGCGUUGGCUACAGCUUUGGUAGCGGGUCUGUGGUGGGUGGGGGGACAGCUGGGGACGUUAGCCUGGCAAACAAUCAGCACAUAAACACAGCUCAAACAUUCAAACACUGAUGUCAGGCAGAGGGUUUCCUCCACAAGCAAAACCAUGAGACACCAAUGUAAGCACUGUAUUUUCCUCCUUAAUCUUGGGGUCAGUAAAAUGACCUUGUACGAAACAGCACAAAGAUGUCAGAUUUAAUACCAUAAACAGAAGCUGUUAUCUAUAUUCAUCAUAAAUUUAGAUUCUUUUGAACUUGUAUUGAUUGUAAUUAUUGGAGAGAAAUACCCACCUGGGCUGUACCUCUUCUAAAAUCACUGUAAAUUACUAUGUGACUCAUUGUUAUGAGCAGACCCUUCUGUGUAGAGAUGAUGAAUCAGUAGGGGAAUUUUUUCAUCUGAUUUCACCUCUACCCCGCGGUGGAGAUAGCACAGACUGAGUAACUGUUGGGAAACACUGGCUGAGUCACAGUCUUCAUCAGUGUAAGUUAUUGAGUCCUGAAGUGCUGCUGACUGUUCUGUGACCUGCCCGUUGUGCACAUUGGCAGAGUGUUGCUCUUCGACGUCUGUGAAGAUUAGUGUUACUGGUUCACAUGACUCAUUGCCAUCUUGUGAAACAUGAUUUUCGUUUCCUUUUUGUGUUCUCGUGGAUUGGAUGUGAUGUUUUUCAGCCACAUCUGUAAAGCAGGUUCUGAUGUCCGCGUGUGGCUGGAUUUAAAGCUGUAUUGAGAUUUAUACUGUGCACUUUUCUGUUUAAUAUGUGAUGUAAAUGUUUUGGUAUGCUGCUCUCACAAGUUGUGAUCAGAAAUUUUGAUGCUGCCAGCACACACUUGUUCUGUGUUUGCCAAUUCUUACCACAAAAUUGCUCGCUUUUCUGACCAUCACAUGUUUAUAUCUUGGAUCGGAAAGUUCUUCAUGGUCUCUAUUUUUGUUAUCAGUGCCAAAUGAAAGAGACCACUUGUCAGCUCCUCAGGUGUACCCUCUACAUGCCCUCCACCACACUUGAAGCCACUCACUGUAACCCACUCUGCUCUCACACAGUUUAGAGUACCACUCAAACACCUAUCGACGUUGGUUGCGGUCUGCCCCACAGAGAAGGUUUAGGCCAUUUGUCAAACCACGUUAACAUACUAAUGGUUAGAGACAGGGACUGACUGAAAUGCCGCAAGAGCAGUAAAUUUUUGUUUUGUGUUGUUACUUGUGAAUGUCAAAUAAAGCAGGUGCAGAAA